AUGGCCCCGAGGCGCGGUGGUAGUAGCUCAGGGAGCGGCAGCGGCGGCAGCAGCAUCUCCAUUGGUUCGUGUCCGAAUGCAUUUUCCGACAUCGUCCUCUACGAAAGCGAAAACUACAUCUACUUUUCUACCGACGUGGUUUACUUCGCCAGUUACUGCGUUUUCUUCGUUCUCACCCUCAUAGUCCUCAUCAGCAUGUGCUGCGUCCGGAAGAGGCACCCAACAGCAAAGAAGCUUACCGGGGCCGUCUAUCUGCUCUCCCUGCUCUGCAUGCUCCUUUCCUACACCCUCCGUAUCAUUGGUACUAUGCUCCGAGAGUGCGAGAAGCAAAUACCCCCUCACCUCAACGAAUGGGGAGUUGCAUACCUGCUCUUCUAUUAUCUUGGCCUGUACCUCUUGCUCGUUGUUGUGGUAUGGGGCGUAAACAACCAGCUGCGUGAGCGCCUCGGCUCCUAUCCGACAUUCUUCAAAGUCAUCUACGGCAUCAUUCUUGGCUUUAUGGGCCUUCUUACUUGUGCGUGGAUCGGCCUCAAUUGCUACAAUCAGUGGGCAUUAACCCCGGCUGGUUUGGACUCAAAUGCGGAUCCCAAGACUAUGGAGAUGCUGAGGCUCGGGGUCGCAUACUACGUUUUCUACAUUGUGUCUGUGAUUGCUUCAGGGGCACUUUCGAUAAUGACGCUCGUUUCGAUGCGCUCUAGAGGCUUCCCCUAUGGCGAUCUCCUUGGCUGGGUGAUCGUUCUCAUCUUCUGUAUGUUCAUCUGGGUUCUCUUCACCAUCAUCGAAUAUGGCUCCUAUCUGGAUUACAACAACUACCUCUCCGCGGACACCUACCGAGCCUUCCAAUACAUCGAGAACUUCUUCCAGACCUUCUCCUGGAUUGUCCUCCUAUUCCUCGCGAAGUCUCGCGCGUGGGACAACACCGCGGUGAACAACCCAAACCCGCAGGUAUACAACAACUACCCACAACAGCCGGUGCAAUACGGACAGGUGCCGCCUCCGCAACAGCAAUACGCAUACAACACUGCCCCGGGGCAACAGUACUAUUACCAGCAGCAACCGGUCUACAACGGCACGCCUUCGCCGGUGAACGGCAACCCGCAUGUAGUGCAGGUCAAGUGAAGCAGCUGAGCUUCAUAUUUCGCGUUUCGGGCUGGAAUCUUGUUUCAAGGUCGUUUGGCAUUUUGGAAAUCGGUGAACAUGCAAUCGCGUCGCAUCGAAUCUCGCCGGUUUCAGUUUACGAGGACGCUUCAGGCGGCAUCACGUCGAACAGCGAUGACCGAGAUUUUGAACCUAAUCACAGAGCGGAUCAAUUUCGCACAUGACGAAAACUAUUUUCUUUGGACACGGUUUUGUUUAGUUGGAUACCCAAUGUUGAAAAAAUGUAUGCAUUUAAUCGUCGCUCACGCUCGUUUUCGUUUCCCCAUUCUUCUCAUUGACAUCGCCCUUGGAGUCUCUCACCAGCGUUUCCUUUCCUGCCAAACGACUCCAUAUCAGUUUCAUGCCCCAGACGCCGUGACAUGCUGGCCUGUCCAUUUCCUUCGAACAUUUCCAUGAACUUAU